AUGAUCGAGCGGCGACGAUCCUACGCGAUCGUCAAGUGGGAGCUCUGGAAGUACAGACAGCGCAUGGCCGUCCUCUUUCCCGAUGUGCUGUUCCGCAACCGCGUCAUCUACAAAAUCCUCGACAACUUGGUCGCGGCCUGGCAGAAACCAUCUUGUCCCUGGCACCCCGUUCUUUUCGACAAGGCGAAUCGAGAGACAGUGGACUCGGAUGUGGAUUCCGAAGACACUUUCGUACCUGACACUUCCGACGAAUUCCGAGAUAUGUGA